UAUCUGUCGUCUCCUAUUCAAACAAUUACGUCAUGACAGCGCUAGCAAUGUGCAAACAGCAGUAAAAUGAAUUAAUUCAGUCUGAUUUAGUCCGAUGGCUGAAACGCAUUACAAUAAACUACAGAAAACACAGCUGUUCGUACAAAGUGUGUUCGAGCACGGAUGUAACGCAGCUUUCGCGGAAUUAAGUCUCGACCCUUCGGGAUAGAGAGUAAAGCAGUUUAGAUAGUUUCAAGUAUUAAAUUUCACCAACUAACAAACUUCAAUCAACAAAGUUCUCGAAAAUGGCGGAUAAAAUAGAGAAUAAAGGAAGCACUAACGCAAUAAUUGAAGAUCGUGCUCGAGGAAGUAAUUCAUUGAGAACGCAUACCUGGAGUCAAGGUUCAGAAUGUGAGGAUGAAGUCUCUCCUCUUACAAAUGACGACACAAUUAAUGCUAGGACUGGCAUCAUGAACCAACCACGUUAUGAUGCUAUUGCCUAUGCUGAAGAUAAAAUGAGAAGAAAAUUGAAAUUUUUCUUCAUGAAUCCCAUUGAAAAAUGGGAAGCCAGAAAACGAUUCCCAUAUAAGUUUAUUGUUCAGGUGGUGAAGAUCAUUUUAGUUACUGUUCAGCUUUGUUUAUUUGCUCACAAUAAUUAUAUUCACGUGAAUUACACAUGGGACAACCGUAUCACAUUCUCUCAUCUCUUUCUCAAAGAUUGGGACGCCGAUCAAGAGGUACCAGCCUACCCGCCAGCUCAUGGACCUUUUGCUCUUUAUAGACAAGAUGAUUUUUAUGAAACAAUAGAUUAUGCUCUACAAGGAUAUUACAAUCUCAGUAAUGCAAUUGGAUCAUAUUCCUACACAGCUGAAGACAAUUCAGUGGGUCCAGUGGUUUUAUGUUUAUAUCAAUACAAAGAAGGUAUUAUUUUUGGAUUUAAUGAAAGUUAUAUCUUUAAUAACAAAGUCGAACGUACAUGCAUCAAUAUAAAUCACACGUUUGGUGGCGAAUUUCGUGAUGGAAUUCAUUCCAAGAAAUUACUAGAAGAGAAAAAUAUUCGAAUAAAUUUCUCAGCUUUAGUUAAAGCACAUCUCAAGUUUGCUGUAAAAACAGUCAACUUAAAAGCAGCUGGUCCAAUAACGCCUCCUGAUUGUUAUCAAUUUAACAUUAAAAUAAUCUUCGACAACAGUGAUUUUGAUGGACAAAUGUUACUAUCACUUGAUGCUGAACCAAAAAGAUUAGUGUGUAAAGGUGAUAUACAGUAUAUAACAGAUAAUCAAAUCGAUUCAGCUCUCAGGACUAUAUUGAAUCUAUUUGUCAUACUCAUUUGUGGAAUCUCUUUAAUUCUAUGUUCACGAUCGAUAUACAGAGCCCAACUCUUAAAAUUUGAAACGAUAAAUUUCUUCAAAAGAACAUAUGGAACAAAUCUAAGUCUUGAGGGUCGAUUAGAGUUUCUCAACUUCUGGUAUAUCAUGAUAAUCAUCAAUGACCUUCUAAUAAUAAUGGGAUCAGCAAUUAAGGAACAAAUCGAAAGGAAAUCGUUUGAUAGUGAUCAUUGGAAUAUAUGCAGUAUUUUCUUGGGUACAGGAAACCUUCUAGUUUGGUUUGGAGUACUCAGGUAUCUUGGAUUCUUUAAAACGUACAACGUAGUAAUUCUUACACUGAAAAAAGCAGCACCAAAAGUAGUGAGAUUUUUAAUUUGUGCCAUUCUCAUCUAUGCCGGAUUCACAUUCUGUGGAUGGCUAAUUUUCGGGCCUUAUCAUAUGAAGUUCCGGUCAUUAGCGACAACAUCUGAGUGUCUAUUCGCUCUUAUCAAUGGCGAUGAAUUAUACGCCACAUUUUCCAUGGCAUCAUUCAAGUCCCAAAUACUGUGGUGGUACUGUCGUAUUUAUCUCUAUUCAUUUCUUUCUCUUUUUAUUUACGUCGUGCUGAGUCUCUUCAUUUCCAUAAUCAUGGAUGCUUACGACACUAUUAAAUUAUAUUACCGUGACGGUUUUCCAAAGAGUGAUCUUCAAGCUUUUAUAUCAGUUUGCACUGACGAAGCAUCCAGUGGUGUUUUUAGCCAGGAACCAGAUGAUCCAACUUGGAAUAAGUUGCUCGAUAGAGUUUGCUGCUGUCGGAAAAGACCCUACGGGUCUUUAUCGCAAUCAAAUGAUUCUUCAUCCGUUAAAUGUGACGAAAUCUGUGGCAACGUUGUCUGUAUAUAGUAAGUUAAUUACAUAUCACUCCAAAGUAAAAGGUUACGGAUCAAUGCUAUCAAACCACCGUACGUGAAUAUAAUUAAUAUUGUGUGAUAAUUAUUUAAUUACACAACCAAACUGCCAAAUUGUAAUUUUUUAUUGAGAAAUCGACUAAGGUUCCAAUUAGAAGUUAUAUUUUUAACGUAUUUUAUUUGAGACAGUGUAUAGAAUUUGACAAUAAUUCCAGGUAUUAUAUCGCAUCUAGAAUAUUUAAGAUCGCACAAAUAUUUUAAUUAAGUUAAUUGAAAUAAUUUUGAAGGUAUUUAACUUAAGAAUGCGUCAUUGAUGCAGCUAUGAUUGAUACCGAUCUCUGAGAUUAUUAGCCAAAUUAUAUAUUACUGUAAGUCUAAAAUGACCAGUUGAAAUGGUAGUAUUUAGGGCAGUCAGUCAUUGAACCCUGGUCAAUUUUUAAUCACUUUUUAAUUCAAGAAUCGUUAUUGGAAUCAAGUUCUAAAAAAGUUGAAUGCAUUUAUUGAGAUAGAUACUAGAAGGAUUCGUAUACAAUUCGAAUAUAACAAUAGCUCAUUGUAACCAUUUCAAUAGAUAUGAAGAUAAUACUGUAGAGAAUAUUAAUAAUAGUAUCGAUGAAAAGUAUGUUAUUAGUGUAGGGGUGCUAUGUGAAGUCUGUGAUAACAACUGAAAUAUGUAUUUCAAAGUCAAAUACAUACUAAUAAACAUAAUAUUAUGAAAUAAUCAUUGAAUGAUAAGAUAGAAGUAAAAUUUUACGCUGUGUGGUUUGCACACGAAAAAAUAUUUAACCAUUUACAGUUAAAUGAUUUUAAUAUAAUUUAAUUACAAUUAAUUUACUAUUAAAAAUGUAAAAAAGAGAUUUUUAAUUGUAUUUUAUAACAAUCUAGGCAGUUUUAUUGUUACCAAUUUUUAACAAUUGAUUUUGUAAAUACAUCUUGUUCAAUGCA